AUGAUAUUUCUUCUUUACCAUGCUAUAUCUGGAUCUCUUACCGAAAGUCUCUUAGCAAUGAGAGAUUUAUCUAUAGACAAAUGGGAUAUUAUCAUAAUACAGGUUGAAAGUCUUUUUCGUAUUGAGUUCUCAGCCCGUCCGUUUGUAGCUAUUCUCGAUGAAGCCAAUGCUAUCAUGCGUCAAAUGUCCAGCGGUACAAAUGCACGGGAGUCUGAGAAUGCAAUGCGUGAUGUUUUAAGAUCUGCGAGGCAUGUUUUGGCCAUGGAUACCUUCGCAAAUAUCUCAACACUAACCUUUCUCCAGAUUUAUCGUGGUGAAAAUAUUCGCGUAGUCGAUAAUAAGUAUCAGCCUCGUAUAGGUGAGACGGUUGAAUUUAUUUAUGAUCCAAAUAGUGGAGCAGAAGCCAUGCGAAUAGGAUAUGAUCUUUUGAGGCAGGGCAAGCGUGUGGCAUUUGUAUCUACCGGAGCGGUGAUGGCUAGAGCAUUAGUAGAAAAAGCAUCUAAGUUAUCUAAACCUGAUAAUUCACCUGUUAGAGCCCGCGCUUAUUACGGAGAUAUGGAUGGAAGACAACGUCAAAAAGACUUUUCUGAUAUUAAUGUCGCUUGGGGUGAACUUGAUUGCGUAGCUUAUACAAAUACAGUAGAGGCGGGAAUAUCGUUCGAAGUUACGGGCCAUUUCGAUAUAAUCAUAGCCAUUACAAAUAUCGCCACUCCAGUUCAUGUUGAAGCUCUUGCACAAAUGCUUUAUCGAAUUCAUGACUGUCCUCGUCGUAUUAUUUCCAUGUUCUAUCAGAAAAAUUCUAAUGAGCUUUUUCGCCCACCAGGCCGUGAGAAUAUUCGAGCAGAACUUGCAAGUGCUCGGCCUAAUAAUUUACCCACAGCAAUAAAGGGACAUCGUGAAUGGAAUAAUAAUACCAUUUCUUAUAAAGUUGAUGAGUCUCCGGCCGUAAUAACAUUCAUUGAAGUCGAGCAUCAGAAACGUCUUUCUGCAAGAUAUUUUAUUGAAAAGCUUUGUAGUCUUAUAGCCAGUACAGGCGCUUCUCUCCAACUUAUAAAAAUGGAUGAAAGCCGAGGAGUUAUAGGGAAUCGUAAAAAAGUCCGCAAUGAGAUUAGGGUUGAAGCAUUAGUUAUCAAGAAUACAGAUUUUAACGCAGUUGCUACUUUCCAGAAUCUUAGUCCUGAAGAAGCUGAAGUUCUUAAAUUCGACCAAGAACGUUCUAUCGCAGAUACUAUGGCACUUAAACCUGAAGAAAAUGUACAAUGGGAAUUUGCCUGCUAUAGAGCCGAAGAGAAUCUGGAAAAAUCAGUAGCAAAGGACUUGCGUAAAUCUUAUUCAGCAAAUCAUUGGGAAGUUAUACAAGAACUUUUUCGAAUACUAGGCUUUACUGGCAUUGAUGACAGGCGUACUCUUUCUGGUGAUACUGCAUCAGAAUCAUUUACACAGUCUUGUGAAAG